UUACUACGCCACAGCAUCUAGUCGUUCGGCUUCCAGUAGAAUCACCACCCCUUCUCAAAACGGUGCCGUAUAAGUACAGUCCCUGCAGCAGCUCUUAAACCCUAAAGGGUCUAAAAACCUUAAAACCUCUUCAGUGUGUGUUAGUGUGUGAGACAGAAAAGGGAUAAAGCUUUUUUUUUUUCUUUUAAUCCCAAUAAUCUGAAGAGAUUUUGAGGUUUUUUUUUUCCUUGGAAAGGCUGAAGCGAUAGAUUGAAGAAUGAAGAACAGGGAAAUGAAAAAGAGACCUUCAGCUCAAAAGGGUCGGACUUUUAACAGUAAAAACAAAAGGAUUUCAAUCAAUCAAGACCCAUUUUUUGAUGCAGAGGAGAAAGGGUCGAAGCAGCGGCGGAAAAUGGAAGAAGACGAUGAUGAAGAUAUAGAGAGCAGCAGCGGCGAGGAUGAGGAGGAUGAUGGUGAUGAAGGAGGAGGAUUUGGGUCUGGAAGGAAAGGGGGAGAAGGAGAAGAAGAUGAAGAAGAAGAAGAGGAGACGGCGGGGGAGAUGAAGUUGAGACUGUCCAAGGAUUUGUUGAAGCUUAUGACUGAAGCAGAAAAAGAAGAGCAGGAAGAAGAAGAAGAAGGGAGUGGGGAUGAUGAGAAAAGAAGAGUUGAGAGAGAAGGCCAAAGGGAUUCGCGGGUCCUGAAGAUUUUGCAGCAGCAGCAGUUGGAGGAGAGUGGCCGUCUCCGAAGAGCCAUUGCUUCAAGGGUGCAAAAACCAGAAACAAGUGAUGGAUUUCGAGUCUUGGUAAAGCACCGGCAGUCUGUUACUGCUGUUGCUUUGUCUGAGGAUGACUUGAGGGGAUUCUCAGCUUCCAAGGAUGGUAGUAUUCUGCACUGGGAUGUAGAUAGUGGAAAGACUGAAAAGUACACUUGGCCAACUGAUGAAGUACUCAAGGCUCAUGGUGCAAAGGACCCACAAGGUCAGGCAACAAAGCAUAGCAAACAUGUUUUGGCAUUAGCUGUCAGUUCUGAUGGUCGAUACUUGGCAAGUGGAGGAUUGGAUCGUCAUGUUCAUUUGUGGGACAUUCGAACUCGGCAGCAUCUUCAGGCCUUUCCCGGCCACAAAGGGCCAGUAUCAUGCUUGACAUUCAGGAAAGGAACUUCAGAACUAUUUUCUGGUUCAUUUGAUCGGGCUGUCAAAAUCUGGAAUGUGGAAGAUAGAGCUUAUAUAAGCACAUUAUUUGGUCACCAGAGUGAAGUUGUAACAAUUGACUGCCUAAGAGUUGAACGAGUCCUGACGGUUGGGCGUGAUCGUACCAUGCAUCUUUGGAAGGUUCCUGAGGAAAGACAGUUGAUAUUUCGAGCUCCUGCCUCAUCCCUAGAGUGCUGUUGUUUUAUAAGCAAUCAAGAAUUCUUGUCAGGCUCUGAUGAUGGUAGUAUUGAACAUUGGAACGUAUUAAGAAAGAAGCCUGUCCAUAUUGUAAAAAAUGCUCAUGCCUUGGUUUCAUCGAGCCAGUUUGAACAGGAAAAUGGUGGACUACCAAAUGGCCACAUAGAAAAUGGUGAUCAAAGCCCACAGAAUCUUUCUCCUCUAGCACGUUCUUGGAUAAGUUCGAUAUGUGUAUGUAGAAGCAGUGAUCUAGCUGCAUCAGGAGCUGGAAAUGGUUCAGUUCAUCUUUGGGCGAUUCAAAGUGAAUCCAAAGGAAUCAGUCCUUUGUUUCAGCUCCCUCUAGUUGGAUUUGUAAAUUCUCUAGCUUUUGCCAAAUCUGGGCGCUUCCUGGUUGCUGGUGUUGGACAGGAGCCCCGCUUGGGAAGAUGGGAUCGUAUUCCUGUAGCUCGGAAUGGUGUGGCUGUGCAUUCUUUGAAACUCUCAUGAGAAAAGCAAGGUGAAGAACAAGAUGAACUCGCUCCCAAGGAAAAUUGGAGUUUGUCUGACUAUAUGAUUGUUCACUCGAGAUUCCUCCUUUUUUUUUUUUUUGGCAAAAAAGUGAAACAAAUUUCUCCUUGUAGGGUACUAAAACUUUUUGGAUGUGUAGCUAUUUGUCAGCAUCAGGCAAAUAUGGAUACUUCUUUUUCGUUAUAUUCACCUGAUCUGCAAAAUUAGUUGUUUAUAUGGAUAUACUCGUUAUAAUCCUAUAGAAAAAAAAGCACUUCUUGUAAACAGCUUAUUGUUUUCUAGUCAAUGAUAUUUUUUAAUUCUUGUAAAUAUAUAUUGACUGACAUCUAGUAAUCCUUUUGAGUACUUUUUGAGGAUAA